AUGCCUUAUGUAUCACAAGAAAAAUGCUCUCGUAUAUAUACCCUUUAUAAAGAGGGUUAUUCAACUAGAACUAUUGCUAAAAUGGAAAUGUUAGCCCAUCAUCAGUUCUACGAAUAUAUCAAAAAAGAACAACUGGAAGUUUUAAUGAUAAACCCAAAUCGGGUCAUCCGCGUAUCAUUUAUGGACAUUAUGGUUACAUCUGGCAAAUGCUCAACAGCUGUAGAA